AUGGUGAAGCCCUCCCGGGAGACCAUCCUUCGCAGGGAAGACGGGGAGCGGGGACUACUCCAGGGCCAUCUCGAGCAAAAGUCACGUGGCGCUUCGCUCGGCGCCUGUCACCACUCUGCUUGGAAAGCUUUCUUAAAGGGCUCGCCGUCUCCUCCGAGGGCUGGUCCUUUCAGGAUUUCUCCACCCUCGCCCUCCGCGGGUGGCGCGGCCCGGGCCGUCCUGCUCCGCCAGCUGUCGAGGUGCAGAUUCCCGGUCAGGCCUGGUGGGGUGAGACCUGUCUCAGGUCUCGAAGCCUGUGGCCAUCACAGGGACCGUGCAGUCACCUGGAACGGUGACCGUAAGCACACUGCCUGGCACGUAGUAGGCGGUGGUUUCAACAAGUUCCAGACGGAGUACUCGGAGCACUGCGAGACCAACGUGGACAGCUCGUCCUCGCCCAGCAGCUCGCCGCCCACCUCCGUGCUGGGCCUGGGCGGCCUGCGCAUCAGCUCUGACUGCUCGGACGGAGAGUCGGACCGGGAGCUGCCCAGCAGCGCCACCGAGUCGGACGGCAGUCCUGUGCCGUCCAGCCAGCCGGCCUUCCCCGUCCAGAUCCUGCCCUACCUCUACCUCGGCUGCGCCAAGGACUCCACCAACCUGGACGUGCUCGGCAAGUACGGCAUCAAGUACAUCCUCAACGUCACGCCCAACCUGCCCAACGCCUUCGAGCACGGCGGCGAGUUCACCUACAAGCAGAUCCCCAUCUCCGACCACUGGAGCCAGAACCUGUCCCAGUUCUUCCCCGAGGCCAUCAGCUUCAUCGACGAGGCGCGCUCCAAGAAGUGCGGCGUCCUGGUGCACUGCCUGGCGGGCAUCAGCCGCUCGGUGACGGUCACUGUGGCCUACCUGAUGCAGAAGAUGAACCUGUCCCUCAACGACGCCUACGACUUCGUCAAGAGGAAAAAGUCCAACAUCUCACCCAACUUCAACUUCAUGGGGCAGCUGCUGGACUUCGAGCGGACGCUGGGGCUGAGCAGCCCGUGCGACAACCACACGCCCAGCGAGCAGCUCUACUUCUCCACGCCCACCAACCACAGCCUGUUUCCCCUCAGGGGGCCGCCCUCCCGCAGCUCCUCGAGGAGGCGCCCUGACCCUGGCCCGUGUGUUUCAGACGAGGCGCGCUCCAAGAAGUGCGGCGUCCUGGUGCACUGCCUGGCGGGCAUCAGCCGCUCGGUGACGGUCACUGUGGCCUACCUGAUGCAGAAGAUGAACCUGUCCCUCAACGACGCCUACGACUUCGUCAAGAGGAAAAAGUCCAACAUCUCACCCAACUUCAACUUCAUGGGGCAGCUGCUGGACUUCGAGCGGACGCUGGGGCUGAGCAGCCCGUGCGACAACCACACGCCCAGCGAGCAGCUCUACUUCUCCACGCCCACCAACCACAGCCUGUUUCCCCUCAACACCCUGGAGUCCACGUGAGGAACCCGGACAUCGCCUGUGCCCGGAGGCCAGGCCCACGGGUGCUGAGCGCUCACCAUCCGGGACGGAGCCCAGCAGCGCUCCCCGCGCAGGACUCGGAGGGGCCCUGCCUCAGACUCAGGGCUGCGGAGCGGACGGCCUCGUCCU